CACUAAAGCUCGGGGAAAAUACCAGGGCAUUGUUGGCGCAUGCUUUGGUGUUGCUUCCGUUGCAGGCCCUCUAUUGGGUGGCGCUUUUACUGAUCAUGUCAGUUGGAGAUGGUGUUUCUUCAUCAAUCUUCCUUUAGGUGCAAUAACAAUAAUCGCUGUAGUUAGGUUUCUUCACUUACCAAAACCACCCGGUUCAUUUCUUGACAAAAUUAAGAGAGUUGAUAUUAUCGGGACCAUUGUUAUGAUCUCAUCAACUGUUUGUAUCUUAUUAUCUCUCAAUUGGGGUGGCAGCACUUAUCCUUGGAAUAGUCCCGUGAUUAUAGUACUUUUAUGUGUCGGCGCAUUUGGUUACAUAAUAUUCGGUCUUGUUGAGAGUUAUAUUGUUGCUGAACCUGUUGCUCCACCUACACAAUCCGGAAUAGAUUUCAUGCCUUACAUUCUUGGUGUGGUAGCUUUCUCAAUCCUAUCCGGUCAACUAUUCUCUCGAACAGACAAAAUACAGUUUCGAUUAGUGACUCUAAUUGCUUCGGCAUUGACAAUAAUUGGUGCCGGAUUAACCACUAUGUGGAAGGAAAAUACUGGAUAUGGUGAAUUUAUAGGAUACAUGUUAAUUGGUGGUGCUGGAAUUGGCAUGGGUAUUCAAUCUAUUAUAUUAUGCGUUCAGGGAUUGGUUGAGCCGAAGGAUGUAGCUUCGGUUACUACACUAGCAUUAUUCUUUAGGAGUAUUGGGGCUGUUUUUGGAAUUGCAAUAUCAGGAACAGCAUUCAAUAAUAAGCUUUCUCAAGAAUUAAGUACUUUAACUUUACCUCCAUCCUUUUCAACACAAUCCGUAUAUACUAUACAAUCAUUACCACCAGAUACACGGUCAUUGGUCAUUCACGCUUAUGUGUUAGCAUUUCAAUUCACCUUUUUGCUUACCAUACUAUAUGGUGCAUUAAUGUUUAUUUCAGCGUUGUUUAUGGGAAAUAGUAAACCGAUACAUAAGAGUAAUGGGGAAAAAGUGAUUACUGCAUUUGAAUAA